AUGGGCGAAGCAGCCGCACCGGCGGCAGCUCACGAGGGGUCGGCUGAGGUUCGACAUGUCAAGUAUUAUUUCGCUUACGGAAGCAACCUUCACAUGAAACAAAUGCAGCGUAGGUGUCCCAAUAGCAGAUACGUCGGCUUCGGGCGGCUACCCAACUUCCGAUGGCAAAUCAACGAGCGUGGGUAUGCCAACGUGGUGCACGCACAGGGGCAGUGGGUGGACGGGCUGGUGUACGAGAUUGAGGAGACGGACGAGGAGAAGCUCGACAUCAGCGAGGGCGUCGCCAAGGGCGCCUACGAGAAGCAGCAUAUGCAGGUCAGGGUCAAGCUGGCCUGCUGUUCGCUGUACCGCCGCUCCGUUCCGUGGAUCGUGGCCCGCGGCGGGCCAUGCCGUGUCCGCAAGAGUGCAAAGCACAGCCAUCGCAGGACCACGACGACGACGACGAUUGACAGGGACACUGACAAUGUCUUGGUGUAUAUGAGCCUGGUGCAUGUGGUGGAUAGUAGCCCCAAGGAAGAGUACAUUGAUCGCAUCAACCGUGGCCUCAAGGACGCUGCGUGUCUGGGCAUGGAGGAUGACUACAUUCGCAACUGCAUUCGCCCCUUUGUCCCAGAAUCAGCCAGCUCGAGCCGGGAAACGCCAACCCCUACGAGAUCGAAUUCGCCACGGGCAAGCGAGGCUGGAGUGUGA